AUGAAGGGCAAGAACGGAGUGGGUAUUUUGGUGGACAGGGAGCUUAGGGAGUCAGUGGUUGAGGUUAGGAGGGUGAAUGACAGAUUGAUGGCGAUUAAGUUAGUAGUUAGAGGGAGCACUCUGAAUGUCGUUAGCGCGCACGCGCCGCAAGCGGGCUUGGUCGAGGAGGUUAAGAGGAGCUUCUGGGAGGGGUUGGAUGAGGUGGUGCAGGGUAUUCCGUCAACGGAGAAAUUAUUUAUAGGAGGGGAUUUCAAUGGUCAUAUUGGGUCGUCGGCUGGGGGUUAUGGCGAGGUGCACGGUGGCUUCGGCUUUAGGGAUAGGAACGUAGGUGGUACUUCUCUAUUGGAUUUCGCUAGGGAUUUUGAGUUGGUGAUUGCGAACUCUAGUUUCCCGAAGAGGGAGGAGCAUUUGGUUACCUUCCGGAGUAUGGUGGCUAAGACCCAGAUUGAUUAUAUCCUCCUCAGGAGGUGUGAUAGGGGGGUGUGCGAGGAUUGUAAGGUGAUCCCGAGUGAGACCCUCGCGACUCAACAUAGGCUCCUGGUGAUGGACGUUGGUAUCGUGAUAAAGAGGAAGAAGAGGUUUGUACGGGGUCAAUCGAGGAUCAAGUGGGGUGCUUUGGCUAAGGAUACUGUGCAUGAGUUGGAGGGGCGGCUGUUGGCUAUGGGUGCCUGGAAGAGUAGUAGGGAUGCUAGCGCUAUGUGGACGGCGACGACGAACUGUAUUAGGGAGGCGGCAAGAGAGGUGUUAGGGGUAUUGAAGGGCUACUAUGGCGGGCAUCGAGGCGACUGGUGGUGGAAUGAUGUGGUCCAAGGUAAAGUGGAAGCAAAGAAAAUGGCGUACCUUGCAUUAGUGGAGAGUACCGAUGAGGAGCAGAGGAGAACGAACAGAGGGGCAAAGGUGGGGAAGAAGCUAUUUCGGCUGGCUAAAGCGAGAGAGAGGAAGGCUCGUGACCUGGAUCAAGUGAGGUGCAUCAAAGACGAGAAAGGUAGAGUAUUGACGGAAGACUCCCAGAUUAAGCAUAGAUGGCAGGCGUACUUUCAUAAACUUCUGAAUAAUGAGGGGAGCGGUAGCACCGUGCUAGGGGAGUUGGGACACUCCGAGAGUCACCGUGACUUUGGGUACUGUAGGCGUAUCAAGGUUGAGAAGGUAGUGAAAGCUAUGGGUAAGAUGAGUCGGGGCAAAGCGACAGGACCAGACGAGAUUCCAGUAGAAUUUUGGAGGUAUGUGGGUAGAGCGGGCUUACAAUGGCUGACUGGGUUGUUUAAUGUUAUUUUCAAGACGAAGAGGAUGCCAGAUGAGUGGAAAUGUAGUUUGAUGAUUCCGCUGUUUAAGAACAAAGGUGAUAUCCAAAAUUGUAACAAUUAUAGGGGCAUCAAGUUGUUAAGUCAUACCAUGAAAGUUUGGGAGAGGGUGGUGGAAGGGAGGGUGAGGAGGGCGGUAUCUAUUUCUGAAAAUCAGUUCGGAUUCAUGCUGGGACGUUCUACUACGGAAGCUAUCCACCUUAUAAGGAGGUUGGUGGAACAACACAGGGAGAGGAAGAGGGAUUUGCACAUGGUGUUUAUUGACCUUGAAAAGGCGUAUGACAGGGUCCUUAGGGACGUUCUUUGGCGAUUCCUGGAAGUCAAAGGGGUGCCGGUAGCAUACAUUGAAUAG